CUCACCAAGCUCGAUGCUGUCAACACCACGAGAAUGUUACGCGAUACCAAACCAGCUUGCGACAAGUGAAACUUUAGGUAGUCCACACUCAUCUCGCUCGUGGGGUCGGAAAUCAGUCAAGUCGGUCAAAACCAUUAUUCAUCAAAAAACCCACUCGCCCUCGUCCGCACGGGCAAACGUAGAAGGCCGCCGUACGCUAAAGCGCAAGCACAACUAUGGAGACGUUGACGCGGCUGAAAGGCGGAGAGUUUAUCUACCCGGGGCGAUUAUGCUGGCGGCGCAUCCAGCUAAGCUCCGUAGAGACUCUGUAGCAACGCUUGAUCCAUUUACGUUUGACCCCAAGCUAGACUCACCAGGAAGGCGAAUAUCGGAUACCGUUGGGCUGGAUGGCAUAGUCAUGUUUUUCGAGGAAUUCGGUGUGGUUGGGAAUGUUACUGAAGUCACCUUUGACCAGUACUGGUUACGAGAAAGUCUAAUCAUGAGCGACGACAUGGAUGAAGGGAUGCAGGACAUGGCCACGCGCAAGGCAAGCGUUUGUAGCGUGGAGGAGACAGGGCCAAUAUGCCAUGGUGUCGCACAGAGUCCUCCCCAGGAAGAGGGCCUGAAGUCCAAGUUCUCGUCCGCGUCAUCUACGGUUUCGAUGCAUCCACCAGAGAAACGUAAGCGCAGCAGGCUGAGAGGACUGCUGUCACCAGGCCUUCCUGGCGCAGCCUUCCUCAAGUCCCCUGCGACUUGGGGACAACAGAUGGAAAGUUGGUGACCAAGUUAGCAACAGCAUAGAUUGAAUCAAUCAAACCUUACGGGAAAUGAGCCGCGUAACGCGAUUCAGGCUGGGGUACCUAGGUACCUGGGGGUGAUGCUCUGCCAAGGUGUAAAUCGCGAUGAGGACACCAACCCUAACGGGUAGUUCACGACACAUGGGCUGGCGGUUGCCAGUAUGGGAGACGAUCAUUGAGCCUGGACUCUUCAAUUGCUGACAUGGCUAACGGAGUCGAGAAAACUGACGGCGAUCCGCCGUUUCCGCGAUUCGCGUGCCCUUGAGCGAUGACGA